AUGGCGAGCCGAGGGGCGUCACCAUGGGAAGCUGAUGACCAUGAGCAUGGGAAGUUGAGGGGCGUCAGCAUGGUGAGCCGAGGGGCGUCAGCAUGGUACAAGAAGGACAAGAACGAGAUUGCUCUGCAAGACCUGAACAAAGAAUACAUCGUCCCCAUUCGUUUACAUCCUACAGCAACCUACCAAAACCUGGCCUCGAAGAUAUUCUGUUUAUGCUGCCGAGACUGUGAGGAAGCCGUCAUUGAGAGCUCCAAGCGUCCCAGUCAAACCCAAGAGAAUCAGCCACCAUCCUACAGUUCGCAGACUCAGAAGAAUGAGUUAAACAAACCAAACUGCAAGUACACUAAUACCCAGUUCCCCACUGGUCAAGAGAAGAGAUUCUCUUCCAGCAGCAGCGAGUUUGAAGAGCUGACUGCAAACAACAUACAAACAGGAUACCCUAAAAAAAAUCUAAACCGCUACUGCCAGGAACACUGGGCCUUCCGGCCGUGCCUCAUCGGGAGACCCUGA